CUUUGCCGGGAUACUUUCGCCCACAAUUUCCUUUACGACGCAAGGCGUUUGCUGUCCUCCAUCGUCCGUGACAGCGUCGCUUCCCAGGCACUCCAUCGGUUUCGCACCGACCCCGAUAGCUGUUGUGGCUCUCUUUCUCUGAGGGCUGGCAUUUCUGUGAGUGCCCUCGCUGCGGGCUUGGGCUAACCGCGUCGCGGGUCGCCUUGGUUCAUGCGCACUUGGCCGACAUGGGAGCAGAGAGUGCAGCCAAACAAGGCCCCCGCACCGUAGACUUGAUUUCCUUAUGCUUCCCGCUCGACGAGAGCACACUCCGCGAGGCAGAGCAGGCGGCAUCAAGAUUUGUCAACGGCCCCUGGGGCGACAGUAUACGAGAGCCUGUUGGCGGAGCCUUCAAUGGUGGCGGCGCGCACAUGGACCCCGGCAUGGGCAUGCCUGGCAUGGAUACCACCAUGGGCAUGGGCAUGCCUGGCAUGGGCCACUGGGUUGCCUACCCGGCAGCUGCGACUGGUACGGCGCUCGCCAGCCCUGGCGCCAACAUGGCUGGCGCGAUGGGCGGCACGAUGAUGCAGUUCGGCACCCUCGUGCCCGCGGGCAUUGUCGCGGGCGCCCCCAUGGCGCCGGCGCCGCAGGCAGGCCCGAAGCCUCAGCAGCCCGCCGUCCCGGCGCCCACCACGGCACCGUCCGCCGCCGCGCCCGCGCCCGCGGCGCCCGCCGCGCCUGCGCACGAGCGCUGGUCCAGCAUGGUGGACGACGGGCCGCUGCCGUCGCCGCCCCCCGCGCGGGCGCCGCAGGCAGAACCGCGGUCCGCGGGCGAGGCGGCCGAAGGCCCCGCGCACCCUGCGCCCACCAGCCGCCCGCAGGCCCCCGAAGGCGGCGGGAAGGCCGCGGCGCUGGCCGCGCCGGCGCCCUCGCGCCCGCCAGAGGCGGCGCCGGCGCAGCCGCCGUCGCAGGCGCCGGCGGUCGCGCCGCGGCUGCCCCCGAACGCGCCGAGGCCCGCGUCGCCAGCGGAGGGCCCGAGGGCGGUGGAGAGCCCGCAGGCGGUGUCCUCCGCGCCCGCGGCGAACGCGUGCUCCAGCCCGACGGGGCGGAGCUUCGGGCAGCCGAAGUCGUGGAAGGACAUCGUGAACAAGGAGCAGGCAGAUGCGGUCGCUGCGGCUUCCGCCAGGCUCGCGUCCAGCACCCCGAAGGAGGCAUCGAAGUCCUCGGAUGAAACGCGCAAGCCCACGAUCAUCGACUACUUCUUGCUCGUGUCCAGACACAAAGCGGAGGGAGAAGGUCACCCUUGCGGCCAUGUGUAGUUAUAGUAGGCGGAGGCAGGGGACGUGGCCCCCGGUGAUUUGUAGCAGGCGGGACAGGAGGCGCGAUUGAUGGCCUCACACUGGGCGAGGGAGUUCCUUUCUCCACCAGCGCCUCGCGCGGGAGGUCCUUGAGAUUCCGCCUCGGAGCGCCAGACGUUAUUGCACACUUCUGGUACGUUGGUCCCCCGCUGUGCAGAGGGAGCGCUUCGCGUUGGAGGUGCUCGCGGUUUCACGAGGGAAGUUUGGUAAUCAUCGAUCGUAACGGUGAACAUGCUUGUCCGAGGUGCCAGCCAGAUGUUGCGCGUGAGAGGUUCUAGCAUGUUCCAAAGCAGUG